AUGACGUCAGCGCCCAGCGAACGCGAAUCGGGCGGAAACAGAGUUCCGCCCGGCGAUUCUUACGUAAGCGAUUACAGACGAUUUAAUUAAUCAAAUUAAGAUCUGUAAAAGCCGGAAGAAUCGUAAUUGAACGAAGUAUAGUUUGGUAAAUUAAAAUCACACAAAGUAUCACUAAAUAAAGUGUAAAUUAAAUUGAAAGCAGGAAACCAGAGUUCCGGCGUCGCGACGGCGAUGCGUCGGCGAUGCACCGGAAUCCUGAGCGUUCGGGAGGAUCGUCGUGCAGUGUCCACGGCCUCGAAGGCUCUCCUUGGACAAAGACGACGUGGGCAAUCUCUAGAUCUUCUCGCGAAGUCUAGAGAUCAAUGAAGUGGGUCGUCGAGUCGUCUCCGGCGGCUGUCACCCGGCGGAGCGGAAAAACAGCGACUUUGCGGCUCUCCGGCGGCUGUCACCCGACGGAGAGGAGCUGGAUGGAGGUGGGGCGCGUGUCAGGGAGCUUCAUCCUCAGGUCCGCGCAGCAAGGGGAGGCUCUUCAUCGCAUCUGGUACGCUCUCAGGAGGUGGCGACUCAUCUCCCGGCGGAUCGUCCUCUUCCCGACGAUGGCUUGUUCGUCGAUCAAUCGGAGAUAAUUUACUCGAUGGAUUGCGAUCCUUUUAUCGCGAAUCAUUCAGCAAUUUUAGUAGCAAUGCUCCGCGAAUCGCGUUGACGAGAUUUUCGCCGAUGAUCCAGCGAUUCCGGUUGCUUAAUCCUUCACCGGCGAUCUGCAGGAAAGUCGCGAUAAUCAGUUAAAAAUAUAUGAAUUUUGACUUUGGGAGGAUUCGAACCCGCGGCAGUCGCCCGCCCCUGAGCAAGGUGUGACGCGGGUUUAGUCCCACAUCGGUUGUGCGCGGAUUAUUCGGGCGAAUAUAUAGUAAAGUUAGCUUUCUGGGCAAAGUCCUCUCGCGUGUACGACCACUCCUUGCCCCACAGCCGGCUGGCCACCGGUGACGUGGAAGGGGAGUGGCGCACACGUGCCCCUAUCGAUCCAAGCAAGCCGCUCGAGCCCCUGCUCGCGGCUACUCCUCGACUGCGCUUCCGACCCGCUUGCGGGCCCGGCUGGCCGGCGGGUCCCCCCAUUUUGCAAUAUUUUUAUUUUUAUUUCUUGUUCUUCAUUUAUCUCAAAACUAAGACUGUAAAAAUCAUAUAAAAUCACAUAAUUACCCAAAAAUUCACGUUAAUUAACUGAAAACCACUUUUCAUGCUUAACACAAAUAUAAGUCUAUUUAUCAUGAGUUAAGGCUAAAACUAUAUUAUUUACUAAUUAUUAACUCAUGAUAAUGAAGACUUAUCAAUCGUCAUCUUCUCAACGAUGCCUUGUUCGUUGAUCAAUCGGAGAUGAUUUACUUGAUGGAUUUACAAUUCUUUUAUCAUGAAUCGUUUAACAAUUUUAGUAACAAUACUCCGCGAAUCGCGUUGACAAGAUUUUCUCCGAUGAUCCAGCAAUUUUAGCAGCUUAAUCCUUCACCGACGAUCUGCAGGAAAGUUGCGAUAAUUAGAUAAAAAAUAUGAGUUUUAGCUCUAGGAGGAUUCAAACCCACGUUAGUUGCCCGCCUGCAUGAGAGAGAUUGACAUAAGUACUCUAAUGCUCUUAUCAAAUGACGUCAUCAUUAUAUAUCUCUGUUAUAAAUAAGGGGUAUUGUAGGUAUUAAAAUCAUCGAAACCUUUUAGAGAAAGGUGUGACGCGGGUUUAGUCUCAUCGCUUGUGCACCGAAGUUUCGGGUGAAUAUAUAGUAAUACUGUAUUUGCAAGUAAGUCCUUUUCUUCCGCGUGUACGACCACUCUUUGUCCCACAACCGGCUGGCCAUUGGUGACGUGAAAGGGGAGUGGCACACACGUGCCCCCUUCGGUCUUAGGCGCUCAAGCCCCUGCUUGCGCCUCCUCCCCAACUACACUUCCGACUUGCUUGCGGGCCCAGUUGGCUGACGGGUCCUCCCCAUUUUACUAUAUUCUUAUUUUAAUUUCUUUUUCUUCAUUUAUCUUAAAAAUAAGACUAUAAAAAUCAUAUAAAUUCAUAUAAAAUCACAUAAUUACCUAAAAAAUCACGUUAAUCAACUAAAAAUCACUUUUCACACUUUAACACAAAUAUAAGUCUAUUUAUCAUGAGUUAAGGCUAAAACUAUAUUAUUUACUAAUUAUUAACUCAUGAUAAUGAAGACUUAUCACCCUUCUUAGUAUAUUUCUUAUCCAACUAAGUAUUCUACACAAGUAACAAUAGCUUAAUUGAUAAUUAUAACUAAUUAAGAAUUUAUAUAAUUAUAAAUUAAAAAUUAUACUACAAAAACUAACUACUUUCAUAAACUUUAUGCCAUAUUAUUUUAUGUUAACUUUCAAACAAAUGAUUUUACAUAGAGGAUAAGAAGUCAUUUUUCACAAAUUGGUAAAAAAAUUAGCUAACGUUAAUAAUGGUUGUAUUCAUUACAUUUUGUAAUAGAAUCGAAAUGGAGACUACAUAUUAAAAUUUGUAAACUUUUAGGGGCAAAUGAAAAACAAAUAAGGUUAGCCUUAAUUCAAUGGAUUUCUUGGGAGGUAAAACUAUUUAACCCUACAUUUUGAUUAUUGUUAUUCAAGUUUGUGAGUGGGCCGUAUAGGCUGUACGGGCCUAAUGGGCAGUAUUCUGCUAUCUCUCUCUCUCUCCCCCUAUCUCCCUCUCUCCCUAUAUAUACAUAGGGUAUAUGACUCUCUCUCCUUAUUCUCUCUUUACUCACACAUGGUAUCAGAGCUAGGGCAUGCCGCCUGCCCCCUCUCUCAUCCUACUCCCCGUUGCCCCUCUUACCCCUUCCACAUCGGCCCCCUCUCAUCUUAGGGCACCCCGACCCUUUCCUUGCCUCCCUCUUACCCCUUCCAUGCCGGCCCCUUCUCAUCCUAGGGCAUGCCGAGCCCUUCCCUGCUGGCCCUCUCUUUGUAUGGCCUGCCGAGCCCUCCCUAGUCGGCCCCUAUCUCAUCCAACGACACACACUUCGCACACUGUGUGCCCACCAGCAGCGCACACACUAGCUCUGUUAGCACGCCAACUCAUCACGUCAACCACUGUGUGGCCCACACUAUACAAGUGCUGACGUCGGCAUCUCCUAAAUUGGGGAUGUCACAAUUUGCCACCUAGUUAGUCGUUCGUCCCUACGACUACCUUGACACCUUCCACCCAUCUUGAAUACCUAUCUAGCACAACUCAAUAGUCUUACAAAAGUAUUUGAUGAGACAAAUUAUAUCUCUUGGGUGGCGAGCUUCAAGCACUUCCUUAGGUUGCAUGAGAAGUUGUCAUCUCUCACUAAGGAUCCUUUCAAAGAGAAAAGCAAUAGAUAUGAUGUAUGGUGUAUGAUUAACUCGGCCGUCGUUUCUUGGAUGCUCAAGAGUAUCACCUCUUCUAUUGCAUGUCCACUUACUCUUACUACCCCGGCCAAGUGAGCUUCGGAAGCUUCGGAUUAUAUGUAUUGAAACCAGAAGAACAUCUCUCAUUUAGUGGAAAUCUAUGAACAACUAUUUAAACUUAAGUAAGGUGGGAUUCCAAUUCAAGACUAUAAUGAGAAGUUCAAUUCGCUUAUGGAUGAACUCAAGAUCUAUCAACCUCUCACCACUGAUCUAACCACACAAACUAGAUAUAGUGAAGAGUUGGUAGUGGUUGUUUAUCUCUUUGGCCUUCAUCACUCCAUAGAUUCUCAAAUUUGGGGUCAAGUCUUCGUCGCCAACAUUCUAUUGUCUCUUGCAACAACUUUUUCAAGGUCUGUAUGUGUGUCCACCGACCAAGCUCCUCUUACUUCCACUAUGAUUGUCCCUGACUCAUCCGCCAUGGUCACUAUUAGAUUGUGGCCUCAGCCCACUAUGGACCUAGCCCAUUAGGGCUCAUUAGGGUCACUAUAAACCAUUUCCCUUUCAAUAUCUUGAUUCUAAGGGUUGAUGAUGCCCUUUCUCUCCACAUGGUAUUAAAUCAAUAGGGGAUUGAUCCGUCACCCUCACUAUACCAAUUGUGCCACCAUUCCUCUUGUGGUGUCUUCACAUGCGCUAUUGCCCAUGCAAUAUCUCGUGCUCUCUCUCGCAUGCAGCCUGUCCUAUGCUGCUCUCUCUCGCAGCCCACCUUGUGCUACAUGCCAGCUCUCUCUUGUCCUCUACACUGGCAUGUCUCACCAGCCAUCUCUCACCCUCCACAUUGAGACAUCAGCCUUCUGGGUGCUUUUCUCAAGGUGUCUAACCCUCGUCCCCUAGGAGGAUGACCCUAGUGUAUCUAUCAUCAAAGGAAGAGAUGGAACCCACCAAGAUGACAGGAGGCAUGAGUGAAUGGCACAUGAGGCAAAAGAUGCACAUAUAGGCUGACACACAUGAGGCCCUAGAGAUCAUGGGUUGGCAUAGGGGAGGGCUAGACGUCUAUGACAAUACCUUCCGCACUCGCCUUUGCCUUCAAUGACGAUAUCAUCUACCUCGCCUCUUGCCUCGUUCCCUCACCAACAUUCCAUCAUGGUUGCAUUGAGUUGUCCAGCCUACGUCUUUGAUGGUACCAAUUAUGGCUUGUGGACGUCUACAUUUGAAGACUUCAUUUACGCUCAUUGACUUCUACAUCACCUCCUCCUUAUGUCACAUCUCUGAAUUAUCUUCAAUGGGGGCAUCUUGACUCCGCAGUCAGCACCUAGCUUUGUUAAAGUGUUGAACCUUCCAUUAUUUAGCUUCUUAGUUGCCUAAAGCCAACUCACCUAUUAUGACAUACUCUUGAGGCGAUGUAUGUGAAUAAGACCAACAUCAGAUGCACCAUUUGUCUCUAUGAAUCACUCUUCAUUUGUAAGCAAGACAAUCAAUCACUUAAUGUGUACUUCAGUAAAUUAUAGAAUAUCAUCACCAAGCUCUUUGUCUAUCAACCACUAAUUGUGGAUCUGUCCACUCUCACUCGGUAUCAUGACAAACUCUACGUAGGGACCUUUCUCAACAGUCUCCAUCUAAAGCUUGUUAAUCAGAUCCAUGGCCAAGUCCUCUCUAGCACUUAGGUUCCUCCUAUGACAUAUAUCUUCUCAACAGCUCUUCAUAUUCACACCAGCAUGCUUCUUGCUCUUUGUCUACCCUUGCUGCUAUAGGUGUUGGUGGAGGUCGUAGCUACAAGACCAUCGGGAAGGGAAAGUAAUUGACUAAGUAGAAGAAUUUCUUCCCUCUGUGCCUAUAUUGUGGUAGGCAAAAUCACCUAGUUGAGAAAUAUUAAGAGUUUGGUAAGUUGGUAUGGGAUCAAGCUGCGAUUGCUAGUAGCCUACCUUCUAUGGCUCCUCUGCCUAAAUCAUCUGCUCCCAUGGUCCAUAUGAUCAUGACUCUUGAAGAAUAUUUGAAAUGAAAGACCUCUCGUGCUUUCUCUCAUGGCUCUUCCACCAGCUUUGCCUCUACUUCCACGUAUGACAUAUUCACUUCAAGUACACAUGCUCUAGUUCUUGACUUAUCGACUUAAGGGCCUCUACCCAUAUGAUGUGGUCACCCUCUUUUUUUCAUUCUCUUAUACUCAUCAAUUAUCUUCCUUUUAUCUUCAUCGUUGACAGUUGUUCUUGCCUUAUUAAAGGGCAUGACACAACCACUUCCACUGUCAAUCUCCACUCCGAGACAUGUUUUAUGUUCUCAAUUUUUCUAAGAAUCUUUUGUCAAUUAGUGCCAUCACUCAUGCACUACACUGUGUCAUCAUCUUGUUCCCUUAUCAUUGUGUCUUUUAGGACCUACGUAUUAGAUGGAGGAUUGAUUUGGGCAUGAGAACAAUAGUGGCGUCUAUGAGCUCAUUCUCGAUUCUCAUUCCUUGAUACUUCUAGUUUUGUUUGUUUCUUCUACACAAAAUUUAUCUAUUUUGUAAUAUUAUUGUUUACGACAUUCAUGUUUAUUUAAACUUCAAAAAUCCCUUAUAUGGCUUAUGUUUUUUGAGUUUAUGUGUGAAUCGUGUCAACUACGUAAGCAUCACCGCUCUACAUACCCACCUUGAGAUUUUAUCCCCACUUCUCAACCAUUCGACUUCAUUCACUGUAACAUGUGGGAGCCAUCUCAAGUUGUUUCUCUAACAUACUUAUGAUACUACAUUGUCUUUGUUGAUGAUUAUACAUGCAUUACAUUGGUAUAUUUUCUCAAAAAUUACUCUCAAGUUUGCAACAUAGUCUGCUAAUAUAUCACAAAGAUCAUCACACAACACACUACUACCUUUAAGAUUCUCCACACAAAUAACACCCUAAAGUUUAUCCAAAAUAUCCUUUAAAGCUUCUACAAAGACCAUGGCAUCAUUCAUCAAAUUAUUUGCUCCUAAACAUCUCAACAAAACAACAUUGUUGAAUGACAUCUUCUUGACAUUACUCUCACACUUGUAGCCAUAUAUGUUCUACACUAUCUCUAGUCAGAUGCCCUCCUCACUACCAUCUUCCUCGUUAAUCAUCUACCUUCAGUUGCUCUUCGUGACACGAUUCUAUUACAUUGACUUUCUCCUCAAAUGGACCUCUUUCCUCUCCCUCCCUAUAUAUUUGGUUGUACUGUAUUUGUGCAUGACCAUACUCCCUCUCUCUUUAAGCUAACACCUCGCAUCUUAAAAAGUGUCUUUGUUGGCUACUCUCGCACCUAGAAAGGAUAUCAAGUCUAUCUUCUUAACACUCAUCAAUAUCUCACAUCUAUAGAUGUUAAUUUUCAUGAGGACGUCCCCUAUUCUCUUCUGUUGCUCCUUCUCUAGUGUCCUACUCACCACCUCCUAGUUUUCUUCCUUCAUUAUCAUCUCCAAUGUUUUGGUGGUCCAUGACUCUCAUUUAUCUUCAUUACCCUCUCACCUACCUCUUCUAUCUUCUCACUCGAUGAUCAUCAACUUCCUAUUAUCUUACGAAAAGUCAUUCACUCCUACACUCAACGUCCUGUCUCUCAUUUUAUUUCUUAAGAUCACCUUCACCCUGUCUUUCAGACCUUCAUUUUCUUUGACUCAUCUAAGUUGAUACUUGAGACAUAUUGUGAGGCUCUCGAGGUACUUGAGUGAAAGUUGGCGAUAGAUGUCAAAUACUCUACUUUUGAUUCAACACUAUACCUUGCAGCUCAUUCCUUGUCCAACUGACGCCAAUAUCGUGACUUGCAAAUGAGUGUACUCCCUCAAGUAUAACCUUGAUCACUCUAUUAUUCAUCACAUAAUGCAUCUCAUUGCUCGUAGCUUCACUCAGGUCUAUGACAUCAAUUACAUAGAAACUUUCUCUCCCAUGGUUUGUUUCAACUCCAUCCAUGUACUUCUCUCUCUAGUAGUCAAUCAAGCAUGAUAUCUCCAUUAGUUAGAUAUUUCUAACACCUUCCUCUAUGGUGAUCUUUAAGGUAUGUUUCUGACGUGACUUAGUCAUUAUAUAGUAAAUCAUGUAAAUUUAAAAUUUAUAAAACUAGAAAAUAUGAAUUUUCAGAUAUUUAGAAGUAUUUCUGAAUAAAUAUAUCAAUUAUAAUUUAAUAAAACUUCUAACAAUAGUGAUAAUUUUCUAGGUUGAUCACAUGGAUGUAAUAUAAUAUCAGAUAAUUAUUCAGAAUUUUUCUCAAAGAAUACAAUUUUCUAUUAAUUUUACACUAUGAAAUAAAAAUGAUAUAUUUAAAAUUCACAAAAAAGGAAAAUAAGGGUGUGGACGUCAAGAUGAUGUCAGCAUUCGGCGAAUGCGAAUCGGGUGGAAAUUAAGUUAUGUUCAAUGAUUCUUACGUAAGGGAUUACAAACGAUUUAAUUGAUCAAAUUAAGAUCUGUAAAAGUCAGAAGAAUUGUAAUUGAAUGAAGUAUAUCUUGAUAAAUUUAAAUCACAAAAAUUAUCACUAAAUGAAGUGGAAAUUAAGUUGAAAGUAGGAAAACAGAGUUUCGACGUCGCAGCGGCAAUGCGUCGGCGAUGCACUAGAAUCUUGAGCGUUUGGGAGGAUAGUCGUGUAGUGUGCACAGCCUCGAAGGCUCUCUUUAGACAAAGACGAUGUGAACAAUCUCUAGAUCUCUUUACAAAGUCUAGAGAUCAAUGAAAUGGGUCGUCGAAUCGUCUUUGGCGGCUGUCACCUGGCGGAGCGAGUUUUUCGGCGACUUUGCAGCUCUUCGGCGGCUGUCACCCGACAAAGAGGAGCUAGAUGGAGGUGGGGUGCAUGUUAGGGAGCCUCAUCCUCAGGUCCGCGGAGCAAGAGGAGGCUCUUCAUCGCAUCCGGUACAAUGCGAUGAAGAACUGGGAAGCAUAUCAUCCCCUUCCUGACAACGACUUGUUCGUUGAUCAAUCGGAGAUGAUUUACUCGAUAGAUUUACAAUCCUUUUAUCGUGAAUCGUUCAACAAUUUUAGUAACAAUGCUUCGCAAAUCGUGUUGACGAAAUUUUUGCCGAUGAUCCAGCGAUUCUGGCAGCUUAAUCCUUCACUGGUGAUCUGCAGGAAAGUUACGAUAAUUAGAUAAAAAAUAUGAGUUUUGGCUCUAGGAGGAUUCAAACCCACGCUAGUUGUCUGCCUGCAUGAGAGAAAUUGACAUAAGUACUUGUUCACCCUCCAACUUAAAUCAUUGCUAGUCCCUUCGCAAUGGAAUUACGAAAAUAAAAAUUUAUAAAUCUCAAACAUCAUAUUUCAAUACAUAAAAAUACAAUUAGAAAUGAUGCACCUUUAGACACUUUAGAUUCUUAUAUCAAGUAUUUAAGAAUGAUGUCAAGCACUUAAAUGUUUACGCACUCCUUGGAAUAACAAUCUAGACUUCACUUCUUCAAUUCACAUCUUUAUCACUUCUUCACUCAUAGAUAUAUUUACAAGAUGUUUUAAUUAUCAAUACUCAUCUAAGAAUAAUAUUGAUCCUACAUUUUUCUUUUUCCAUGACUUGAUUUUUGAAGUUUGCACUAUAUUUCUUCCUUCUCUUUUUUUUAUAUAUAUAUAUAUAGUGAAUAAGUAGUUUUUCUUGUAGAAAAAUUUCAACAAUGAAAAUGAUGUCUCACACCCUCCAUGUACUCUUCCUUUUCAAGGCUUUCACUUUAUCUACUUAUUUUGUAGCAAGUGUUUUUCUAUGUACGAUUUUCGACAAUGAGAAUGAUGUCUCACACCCUCCAUGUGUACUCUUCAUUUCUAGAUUUUUCACAUUGCUCUCUCUUUUUUUUUUCGAAAUAAGUGAUUUCUCCUCACAAGUCCUAUAGAUCAGGGUGCAAAAUCUCCAUUAAACUCAAAUGAUCAAUCAAAUUUUUACAUCAAGUAAAUACUAUCCAUCAAGAUCAUGAAGUGAAAAUUUGUAAAAUCAAAUUCAUGUUAUCUAUCAUGUAUCUAAGGAGUAUUCUAACAUUUCAUGCUACUAGAUCAUUCUUUUGACUCAAUAAUAAUCUUCCUAGUAUCUUUUGAUAUCAAUCAAUAUAAUUGAUUUAAUUUUUUGUGCAUGCAAUAUGAUGUAAGAAAUUUAUAAAUUAGAUAGUUCUGAUAGUUCUGUUUUCUAUUUUCAGUUCUAUUUUUAGCAACAAUAAAUUUGUCAAAAAUAAAUCAAAACUAUCUUCUUUAUAGUUGUAAUUUCGAAUUUCAGUAAUAUAUGUCUAGAGGAUUGAAAUGUGAGAAAAGGGUCUCUAGAAUUUCAAAUUUCAGGCUAUUUUUUGUCUGUUGUUUUUGAUAGUCUGUUGUUCCUAAUAGAAAAUGAGAAAAUAAAUGUUGUAGUUUUCUAAAUUUUAUUUUAUUUUUAUUUUUUUAGUUGCUGUUCUAUGUGAGCAUGAAAAAAAUACAAAUAAAAUGCAAACACGUUCUAAAUCGUCCUACAGUAUAAAUUAAUAAUUAAUACUUCACCCCCCAACUUAAAAAUGACAUUGUCCUCACACAGAAAAUUGAAACAAAAUAUACAGAAAAUAUAAUUUUCAAGUGAAGCAUGCAUAUAUGCAAAGUUAAGCAUUAAAAAUAUUGUCAUAAAUGAUAAAGCUCAGAAAGACAUCACCUCAACCUCAUUUUUAAUUUUUCACUUCAUCUUACACUCCUCCUCCUACACUUUUUCAGAAAAACAAAUACAGAAACAAGUAUUGCAAAAUUCUAAGAAAAAUAGAGCUUAAAAAAAAUCAAACAAAAUGAAAUAAAAACCAUGGGUUGCCUCCCAUGUAGCGCUGCAUUUAAUGUCUUCAACUGGACAGCUCUUUGAUCAUAUAAGAUGAUCUAUGGCCAUUAAAAUAUAUUUGUAUCUCAAGUAAGUUUCAUGAUAUUCUUUUUCAGAUUUAGCAUAAAUUCAUAUACUUCAUAUAUAUACCUUGACAUACUUUCAGCCAAAACAAAAUAAAAAUUAACAAAAUUUUCCCAAAAAUAAUAUUUCCAUUUUGAAAAGAAUCUUUCCUCAUUUCUAUCUUGUUUUGUAAGGCUCUCAUUCAUUAAGAAAUACUUUCUAUUAAUAGAUCAUAAAAUGUGAUCAAGCCAUAUAAUUUUCAAAUUAGCUCUUACCUAAUCUAGAAUUUUUUCAUCUAAAUUGAUAUCUCUAAUUCUUCCACUCACCUAUUUCUUAAUGUGUUAUUUUAUCUGCAUAAUCUUCCUCUACUCCAUUUUAUCUUCCAUACAUAUUUGUUCAAUUUGCGAGGAGUGAAAUAUUUCAAGCUUAGAAAGAAUUCUAAUGAGCUAUGGGUUUUGAAGGAUGGAAGGAUUGUCUUCUUUAAUCUCAGACUUAAUGAAUUCAGUAAAAUUCAAAUUUUCUCCUACAAAAUUAUCUCUAUAUUCAUAUUCAUUAUUUUUGUUUCUCUCUAUUAGUUGAAUCAACUCUUUUUCUACCUUUUUGUUUCUCAACUCAUCAAAUUCUUCAUCUUCCCAAGAGCUAUCUUCUAAUUUUGGUAUAUGAUAUACAUCAUCAUCCUUACUAUCGACAUCCAUGGCUGUAAAAUUAUGAUUAGAUUUAUUAAUUUCAUCUCCUACAUCUCCCAAAUCAAUUGAUUUUUCCUCACUUGAAAUAUGUUUUUCUUCAUUUCUGUCCUUACUCCCUUCUACUAAAAUUUAGAUGAUUUUUCCAUGAUCAACUGUUGUUUCUUCAUCUAAGGGCUCUUUCUUUUCAUCAUCCUCACUAUAUUCGUUCAUUAAUUGUGAGCAAUAAAUAAUUUUAUUCAAAUUUUCUGCUACUAUAUUUUCAAUGUUAAUAUUCUCAUUUACUUCUAAUGGCUCAUCGAUUUCUUCCAAUAAUUGAAAAUAAUGAUCAGAUAAAAUAUUCUCACUCAAUGUAUUCACUGUCCUAACAUUUUCAUUUUGUGGAUUUUUUUUUAAAUUUAUCCAGCUAGACUCUCCUUGCUGAAAUCCUAUUGUUGGACAGCUUCCUGAAUUUUCUAUGGGCUGAUUGGGUGGCUGUCCCUCUUCUCUCCUAUUCUCAAAAGCCUCUAUAAUUUGUUUUUGGUGCAACAUCAUUUGAUUCAUAGUUUAUUACAUCAUUUGGCUCAUUUGCUGCAUCAUUUCCAUAGCAUCAUGUUGGAUUUGAGAGGACUAAUUUUUUUGAAAUCUGUGUUCCUGUUUUGGACGAAAUUCAAAUUUUAAAUUUGUUCUAAGUGCUUCUGGAUUUUGAAUAUUAUUUGGGUUUCUCCACGAAAAAUUAUUCCCCCAAUUAGGAUUAUAAGAAUUAGAAAAAUAUUCCCUAUUUUUACUAAAAUUGUGAGGUACAUGCACUUGUUCUUGCCUAAGAUGAUAUUGAAAUUCGAAAUGAUCAUUUUCACCAUACAUAGGAUAAACACUAUAUGCAUUCAAUUGAAGGUUAGGAGGCUUUAUAAUAUUCUCAAUAAGUAAUCAAGUUUUUCUAAUAUUUGAUUAAUCUGAUUAACCUCAUUUCUUAAUUUAAAAUCAUCAUCAUGAUGUAAUUCGUAAAUUCCUUUCUUUAUAUCUUUUUGAUAUAAUUUAAAAGAGGCUUGAUCUCUAGAAUUUUCACUUAAAUUCUCAUAAAGACUGUAAAUCUCAUCAAAGAUUUUCUCCAUAAAAAUUCCUCCACAUAUAGAAUCAAUCAUAUUUCUAUGUUGUUCUAAUAAUUCAUCAUAAAAAAUUUUAUUGAGCUGUCACUUGGGUAUAGUAUGAUGCGGACACAUUCUAAGUAAAUAUUUGAAAUUUUUCCAUGUCUCAUGCAAAGUUUCUCCUAGUUUUUAAGAAAAACUCCAUAUAUAUUUUCUCCUAUUUUGAGUUUUUCCUAAGGGAUAAAAUUUUCGAAGAAAGGCAUAUUCUAUGUCUUCUAACUAGUUAAUUCUCUAUCUACUGUGGAUAGCCAAUGACUAGUUUUGUCCCAAAGUGUAUGAGGAAAUAAUUUCAUCUUAAUAAUUUCUGGUGUAACUUGAGAGAGAUUAACUAAAUCACAAACCAUAUGAAAUUUUUCUAAGUGCUGAUGAGGUUCUUCUAAAGUCAAUCCAUGAAAAUUAAGGAGUAUUUGAAAAAUUCUUAGAUUUAUUUUGAAUUUAACAGUGGGUGCUAAUGGGACUUUAAUAUUUGAGAUUAACAGCUUGACUUAUACUUCCUUCAGGAUCCAUCAAAAUUAAUUUUUCUUUCGGAUUUUUAGUUUUGAAUGAAAUAAUAAAAGGAUUUUCUAGCCUUGGAUGCAAAGAUCUUCUACCAUGCAUAAAAAAUCAAUAAAUUUGAGGAAAAACUUUAGUAAUUAUUACCCUCCUUUAGUAUGUUCCAGUCCUUGCCUUGCUUCUCUUCGUUCCCUUUUUUAAAAAAAAAAAUCGGCAAAAAGAAAAUAAAGCAAGAGUUAAACUUUUUUGUGUACUCUAAGAGAAAAAUAGAAAAAUACUAAAUAUUAUGCAAUACAUCUUCGGCAACGGUGUCAAAAUUUGACGUGACUUAGUUGUUAUAUAGUAAAUCACGUAAAUUUAAAAUUUAUAAAACUAGAAAAUAUGAAUUUUUAAAUAUUUAGAAGUAUUUCUAAACAAAUAUAUCAAGUAUAAUUCAAUAAAAAAUACAAAAAUAGCAAUAAUUUUCUAGGUCAAUCACAAGGAUGUAAUAUAAUAUCUAGUAACUAUUUUGAAUUUUCCUUAAAGAAUACUAUUUUCUAUGAAUUUUAUACUAAGAAAUGAAAAAGAAAUAUAUUUAAAAUUCACGAAAAAGAGAAAUAAGGGUGCGGACGUUAGGAUGACGUUAGCGCCCGGCGAAUGCGAAUCGGGCGGAAACAGAGUUCCGCCCGGUGAUUCUUAUGUAAGCGAUUACAAACGAUUUAAUUGAUCAAAUUAAGAUCUGUAAAAACCGGAAGAAUCGUAAUGGAAUGAAGUAUAUCUUGGUAAAUUUAAAUCACACAAAUUAUCACUAAAUAAAGCGGAAAGUAAGUUGAAAGUCAAAAAAUAGAGUUCCAGCGUCGUGGCGGUGAUGUGUUGACGAUGCACUGGAAUCCUGAGCGUUCAGGAGGAUCGUCGUGUAGUGUCUACAAUCUCAAAGGCUCUCCUUGGACAAAGAUGACAUGGGCAAUCUUUAGAUCUCCUUGCGAAGUCUAGAGAUCAAUGAAAUAGGUCGUCGAAUCGUCUCUAGCGGUUGUCACCCGACAAAGCGGAAAGAUGGCGACUUUGUGGCUCUUUGGUGGCUAUCACCUGACGGAGAGGAGUUGGAUGGAGGUGGGGUGCGUGUUAGGGAGCUUCAUCCUCAGGUCCGCGCAGCAAGAUGAGACUCUUCAUCGUAUCCGAUACACUCUUAGGAGGUGGCGACUCGUCUCCUGGCGGAUCGUCCUCUUCUUGAUGAUGGCUUGUUCGUCGAUCAAUCGGAGAUGCUUUACUCGAUGGAUUUGCGAUCCUUUUAUCGCGAAUUGUUCAACAAUUUUAGUAACAAUGCUCUGUGAAUCGUGUUGACGAGAUUUUUGUCGAUGAUCCAGCGAUUUUGGUUGCUUAAUCCUUCACCGACGAUCUGUAGGAAAGUCGUGAUAAUCAAAUAAAAAAUAUGAAUUUUGGCUCUAGGAGGAUUCGAACCCGUGCCAAUUGCCUGCCCUUUCUAGGGAAGGUGUGACGCGGGUUUAGCCCCACAUCACUUGUGCGGCAAAGUGUCUGGUGAAUAUAUAGUAAUAUUACAUUUUCGAUCAAGUCCCUUUCUCGCGUGUGUACGACCACUCCUUGCCCUAUAGUCGGCUGGCCACCGGUGACGUGGAAGGGGGGUGGCGCACACGUGCCCCUAUCGGUCCAAACCGCUCAAGCCCCUGCUCCUGACUACUCCCUGACUGUGCUUCCGACCCGCUUGCAGGCCCGGCUGGUCGGCAGGUCCCUCCCAUUUUGUUUUAUUUUUAUUUUUAUUUCCUUUUCUUCAUUUAUCUCAAAAGUAAGACUGUAAAAAUCAUAUAAAUUCGUAUAAAAUCACAUAAUUACCCAAAAAUUCACGUUAAUCAAUUGAAAACCAUUUUUCACACUUUAACAUAAAUAUAAGUCUAUUUAUCAUGAUUUAAGGCUAAAACUAUAUUAUUUACUAAUUAUUAACUCAUGAUAAUGAAGACUUAUCAGUACUCUAAUGCUCUUAUCAAAUGACGUCAUCAUGAUAUAUCUCUAUUAUAAAUAAGGGGUAUUGUAGGUAUUAAAAUCAUUGAAGGUUUUUAAAGGAAGGUGUGAUGCAAGUUUAGUCUCACAUCACUUGUGCGCUGAAGUUUCAUGCAAAUAUGUAGUAAUAUUACAUUUGCAAACAAGUCAUUUUCUCUUGUGUGUAUGGCCACUCCUUGUCCCACAGACGACUGGCCACUAGUGAUGUGGAAGGGGAGUGGCGCACAUGUGCCCCUAUCGGUCCUAGCUGCUCGAGCCCUUGCUCAUGGCUCUUCCCCGAUUAAGCUUCCGACCUACUUGUGGGCUCGGCUGGCUGAUGGGUCCUACCCAUUUUGCUAUAUUUUUAUUUUUAUUUAUUUUUCUUCAUUUAUCUUAAAAAUAAAACUAUAAAAAUCAUAUAAAUUCGUAUAAAAUCACAUAAUUACCUAAAAAUUUAUGUUAAUCAACUGAAAACCACUUUUCACACUUUAACACAAAUAUAAUUCUAUUUAUCAUGAGUUAAGGCUAAAACUAUAUUAUUUACUAAUUAUUAUCUCAUGAUAAUGAAGACUUAUCACCGCUCUUUUCUCUUCUAGCAUCGUUAUUUCUACCGUCGCUUUCCUUCUCCUUUUGGCACCACCCUCCUCACCACCAUCGCCCUUUAGUAGUGUCAUUGCUCUCCUCCUCUUCUUCGACAUCUCAAUUGUCACCAUCACCAUCAAGGCCCAUCCUCACCAUUGUGCCCUCAUUGUUGUGCCAUCAUAGGCGCAAUCACUCUAAGGUGCCGAGGGCAUUGCCGCUGCCAUUGAGGUCCCUCCUUGCCAUUGCACCCUUGACGUCACUCCCUUGUUGUCGCACCCCAUCCCUUGCCAUCAUUGUCGCGGGAGCUGUUUUCCAUCCAGCCAUGGUAGCUAGGGUUUUGCCUAUCUCCCAGCGAGCCAGUUGGCAAUUUUCUUCUAGGCUUGCCCACUUGGGACCAGCCUAGCCAGACCCGUAGGCCUAGUGUGGCCCACUUAGCCCCAACCAGCUUUGUUGGGCCCUCUGAAUUGGCUUGUCGGUCUUUGACCUGCUCACCCCACCACCUACCCCUCUGACCCAGACCCACUGGCCUCAUGGGCUCAUCUCACCCCCCUCCGUCACCUUCCUUCGAGCGCUUUGAGCUUCUUUCGGUUGGUGUUCUCCCUUCUCUAGUAGUUCCUCUAGCUUGCCACUCCAUCACGCUGUAACUUACUUGGCCAGCGUAUAUCUUCAACGACCACAAUUAUGCGUUAUGGGCAUUGAUAAGUCUUCAUUAUCAUGGGUUAAUAAUUAGUAAAUAAUAUAGUUUUAGCCUUAACUCGUGAUAAAUAGACUUAUAUUUGUGUUAAAGUGUGAAAAGUAGUUUUCAGUUGAUUAAUGUGAUUUUUUGGGUAAUUAUGUGAUUUUAUACGAAUUUAUAUGAUUUUUACAGUCUUACUUUUGAGAUAAAUGAAGAAAAAGAAAUAAAACUAAAAUAUUGCAAAAUGGGGUGGACCCGCCGGCCAGCUGGGCCCGCAAGCGGGUCGGAAGCUCAAUCGGGGAGUAGCCGUGAGCAGGGGCUCGAGCGGCUUGGAUCGAUAGGGGCACGUGUGCACCACUCCCCCUUCCACGUCACCGGUGGCCAGCCGGCUGUGGGGCAAAGAGUGGUCGUACACGCGAGAGAAGGAACUUUGUUGCUUAAAAAUGUAACCUUACUUUAUAUUCGCCUGAAAAAUCGGCACACAACCGAUGUGGGACUAAACCCGCGUCACACCUUCCUCAGAAGGGGCAGACAACCGGCGCGGGUUCGAAUCCUCCCAGAGUCAAAAUUCAUAUAUUUUUAUCUGAUUAUCGCGACUUUCUUGCAGAUCGCCGGUGAAGGAUUAAGCAACCAGAAUCGCUGGAUCAUCGGCGAAAAUCUCGUCAACGCGAUUCGCGGAGCAUUGCUACUAAAGUUGUUGAACGAUUCGCGAUAAAACGAUCGCGAAUCCAUCGAGUAAAUCAUCUCUGAUUGAUCGACAAACAAGUCGUUGUCGAGAAGAGGACGAUCUGCCGGGAGACGAGUCGCCACCUCCUAAGAGCGUACCAGAUGCGAUGAAGAGCCUCCUCUUGCUGCGUGGACCUGAGGAUGAAGCUCCCUGACAUGCGCCCCACCUCCAUCCAGCUCCUCUCCGUCAGGUGACAGCCGCUGGAGAGCUGCAAAGUCACCGUUUUUCCGCUCCGCCGGGUGACAGCCGCCGGAGACGAGUCGACGACUCAUUCUAUUGAUCUCUAGACUUCGAAAGGAGAUCUAGAGAUUGCCCACGUCGUCUUUGCCCAAGGAGAGCCUUCGAGGCCGUGGACACUGCAUGACGAUCCUCCCGAAUGCUCAGGAUUCCGGUGCAUCGCCGACGCAUCGCCGUCGCGACGCCGGAACUCUGUUUUCCUGUUUUAAACUUACUUUACACUUCAUUUAGUGAUAUUUCUUUGUGAUUUUAAUUUACCAAAAUAUACUUUGUUCUAUUACGAUUCUUCUGGCUUUUACAAAUCUUAAUUUGAUUAAUUAAAUCGUCUGUAAUCGCUUAUGUCAGAAUCGUCGGGCGGAACUCUGUUUUCGCCCGAUUCGCGUUCGCCGGGCGCUGACGUCAUCCUAACGUACGCGCCCUUAUUUCCCUUUUUCGUGAAUUUUAAAUAUAUUUCCUUUUUAUUUCCUAGUAUAAAAUUCAUAGAAAAUCGUAUUCAUUGAGAAAAAUUCUGAAUAAUUACCAGAUAUUAUAUUACAUCCUUGUGAUCGACAUAGAAAAUUACCGCUAUUUUUGGAAGUUUAAUUGAAUUAUAAUUGAUAUAUUUGUUCAGAAAUACUUCUAAAUAUCUGAAAAGUCGUAUUUUCUAGUUUUAUAAAUUUUAUAUUUGUGUGAUUUAAUAUACAACGACUAAGUCACGUCAGGCAUCUAAUUUCGAGCUCUUCUUUAGAUCUCAUAGUCUCCUCCAUCACCUCUUAGAGGACCCACUUGGCCUUCAAGACCCCUCGUAUGUGACAUGGUCACAGCUUGAUUCGGUCAUCAUCACGUGGAUGCUUCAGAGUAUCAAUUCUAGUAUUACCAAGCCACUGGUGCACAUCACCUCGUCUCCUGUGACUCACUAUGGAGACUAUGCCAAUUGGACAAACAUCAGUCGCGUUGUGGAGAUCUUCGAGUCUCUUCUCUGUAAACAAGGCGAUCUCUCUCUUCAGACUCAUUAUCGUCACCUCUAGGCCCUCAUCUAGGAAGUUGAUAUCUAUCAGCCCCCUACUACUAACCUCCUGACCCUCUAGUGCGAUCGUCAAAAAUUUAUGCUGGGGUUUAUCUCAGUGGACUUCAUCCGUCCAUCACAUCUCAGAUUUGAGGGUCUAUUCUCUUUGGGGAUCAUGUGCCUGAUCUCGCCUCUAUCUUCUUGGCAGCCCUUUGGGUCACUAUUGGUACCUGACGUGACUUAGUCGUUGUAUAUUAAAUCACGCAAAUCUAAAAUUUAUAAAACUAGAAAAUACGAAUUUUUGGAUAUUUAGAAGUAUUUCUAAAUAAAUAUAUCAAUUAUAAUUCAAUAAAACUUCCAAAAAUAGUGGUAAUUUCCCAAGUCGAUCACAGGGAUGUAAUAUAAUAUUUUGUAAUUAUUCAGAUUUUUUCUCAAUGAAUAUGAUUUUCUAUGAAUUUUAUACUAGAAAAUGAAAAGGAAAUAUAUUUAAAAUUCACGAAAAAAAAAGGAAAUAAGGGUGCGGACGUCAGGAUGACGUCGGCGCCCGGCGAACGCGAAUCAGGCGGAAACAGAGUUCCGCCUGGCGAUUCUUACGUAAGCGAUUACAGACGAUUUAAUUAAUCAAAUUAAGAUCUGUAAAAGCCGGAAGAAUCGUAAUAGAACGAAGUAUAGUUUGGUAAAUUAAAAUCACACAAAGUAUCACUAAAUGAAGCGUAAAUUAAAUUGAAAGUACGAAAAUAGAGUUCCGGCGUCGCGACGGCGAUGCGUCGGCGAUGCACCGGAAUCCUGAGCGUUCGGGAGGAUCGUCGUGUAGUGUCCACAGCCUCGAAGGCUCUCCUUGGGCAAAGACGACGUGGGCAAUCUCUAGAUCUUCUCGCGAAGUCUAGAAAUUAAUGAAAUGGGUCGCCGAGUCGUCUCCGGCGGCUGUCACUCGGCAGAGCGGAAAAACGGCGACUUUGCGGCUCUCCGGCGGCUGUCACCUGACGAAGAGGAGCUGGAUGGAGGUGGGGCGCGUGUCAGGGAGCUUCAUCCUCAGGUCCGCGCAGCAAGAGGAGGCUCUUCAUCGCAUCUGGUACGCUCUCAAGAGGUGGCGACUCGUCUCCCGGCGGAUCGUCCUCUUCCCGAUGACGGCUUGUUCGUCGAUCAAUCGGAGAUGAUUUACUCAAUGGAUUCGCGAUCCUUUUAUCGCGAAUCGUUCUGCAAUUUUAGUAGCAAUGCUCCGUGAAUCACGUUGACGAGAUUUUCGUCGAUGAUCCAGCGAUUCUGGUUGCUUAAUCCUUCACCGGCGAUCUGCAGGAAAGUCGCGAUAAUCAAAUAAAAAUAUAUGAAUUUUGACUCUGGGAGGAUUCGAACCCGCGCCAGUUGUCCGCCCCUUCUGAGGAAGGUGUGACGCUGGUUUAGUCCCACAUCGGUUGUGUGCCGAUUUUUCAGGCGAAUAUAAAGUAAUGUUACAUUUUUAAGCAAUAAAGUUCCUUCUCUCGCGUGUACGACCACUCCUUGCCCCACAGCCGGCUGGCCACCGGUGACGUGGAAGGGGAGUGGGCACACACGUGCCCCUAUCGGUCCAAGCCGCUCGAGCCCCUACUCGCGGCUAUUCCCCGACUGAGCUUCCGACCCGCUUGCGGGCCCGGCUGGCCAGCGGGUCCCCCCCAUUUUGCAAUAUUUUAGUUUUAUUUCUUUUUCUUCAUUUAUCUCAAAAGUAAGAUUGUAAAAAUCAUAUAAAUUCGUAUAAAAUCACAUAAUUACCCAAAAAAUCACAUUAAUCAACUGAAAACCACUUUUCACACUUUAACACAAAUAUAAGUCUAUUUAUCACGAGUUAAGGCUAAAACUAUAUUAUUUACUAAUUAUUAACUCAUGAUAACCAAGACUUAUCAGUACCCUCAACGACUCCUCUUCCUUUUUAGGCACCACCUCUACUCCUUCGUCUCUUGCUAUUGUUGCUCCACGGACUCGAGAUGAUACCUAUCUUUUUUGCCCUAACAGUGGUGGUACUCCUCAUGGAUAUAGGUGCAAUAUUUUUUCUCCAUGUCCCUACUAUGAGAAACAAAAUCAUCUAACCACUAAGUAGACAGCAGUUCGGCAAACCCACUUUUGGAUAGCUAGUUGAUAAGUCUUCAUUAUCAUGAGUUAAUAAUUAGUAAAUAAUUAGUAAUAAUUAUCAUGUUAAAUUGUGAAAAAAUAGUUUUUAGUUGAUUAACAUGAAUUUUUAGAUAAUUAUGUGAUUUUAUAUGAUUUUUAUAGUCUUACUUUUGAGAUAAAUGAAGAAAAAUAUAGCAAAAUGGGGGCCAACCGGGCACACAAGUGGGUCAGAAGUGCAGUCAAGGAGGAGCCGCGAGUAG